AUUAAUCAGCCAUUUUUUGCAGGAAACUAAUUAGCAGAAUAAAGAUCCAAAGACUUUUUUUCUUGGCGACCAUCAGAUGUGAGUGCGGGCUCCUGGUGUCCGGAGCUUCCCUCCCGCUCCCUGUGUGCCUGGGCUGCCCUCCGGAGCCCGCUGCCUGCCCUACAUUGCUCCGGGGCUGAGCCACAACGGCUUCAUGGGACCCCGUGCCGAAUCGGAGCGGACUAAGCCGAGCCCUGCCGGAGGAGCGCUCCCAGGACUUAGCGCCCGAGAGCCCGCAGCCCGAGUAAAAGCCACACUGGGUGCCAUGAGCUCUCCAUUCAAGUCUCACCAUGGAGGGUUGUAAAACUUCAAUAAUCCCUGGAAAGGACAAUGGGUGCAGCGUUCCUCCAAACAAACAAUGGACUGAACUUAACAGUGCACACCACCUUAACCAGUCUGGUAACAUGGAGCAGCUUGGCAUGGAAAACCAUGGAUCUUUAGAAGGUCUAAGGGGCUCGUUUAAUAAAUGCAUUUCUGAAAGCACUAAUUCAUCUGUUGCCACCUCUGAGCCACCCGUCUGUUGCAACAAAUGUUCAUCCUCCUUCUCUAGUUUACAGGACUAUAUGGAGCAUCACUGCCCUGGGACCCGGCCGUCUCUUACGCUGAAGGAGGAAAGUGACAGUGAUAUCAGUGAGGAAGGGGAAGAGGAGGAGAGUGAUGUGGAGAAUCUGGAUGGUGAAAUAGUCUAUCAACCAGAUGGCUCUGCUUAUAUAGUUGAAAGUGUAAGCCAACUUAUUCAAAGUGGUGAAGCUUGUGGUAGUAGCCCUAGUGGAACUCUCCAUUCCCUCUACACUAAUUCUUUUCCCAGUACAGCUGGAAAAACUGAGGAAUCUUCUGUAGGAUCUGUCUACCCUCAAAUCAUCAACACUUUCCACAUAGCCUCAUCUUUCAGGAAGUGGUUUGAAACUGCAGACCAAUCUUUCCUGAAUACCUCAACCCUUCCAGGUGUAAGCCCAGUUCUGCACAGCUUCCGGGUUUUUGAUGUUAGACACAAAAGCAACAAUGAUUACUUAAAUAGUGACGGUUCUGCCAAAAGCUCGUGUGUAUCCAAAGAUGUUCCAAACAAUGUAGACCUGUCCAAAUAUGAUGGCUUUGUGCUGUAUGGUAAGAGGAAACCAAUUCUAAUGUGUUUUUUGUGCAAACUUUCCUUUGGCUUUGUCCGUUCAUUUGUGACCCAUGCUGUGCAUGAUCACCGAAUGACACUGAGUGAGGAUGAGCGUAAAAUUCUUAGUAACAAGAACAUUUCUGCCAUCAUUCAAGGGAUUGGCAAAGAUAAAGAACCUCUUAUUAGUUUUCUUGAACCAAAAAACAUAAACUGUCAGCACUCUCCUGUUUCUUCAGCUAACCCUGCUGGUUCUGGGCAUAGUUUUUAUGGGAAAUUUAGUGGCAUUCGGGUGGAAGGGGAUGAAACCCUGCAGGCUAGCUUAGCACUUCUAAAAGAAAAUGAAGCUACUACUGGGGUUGAUCAGUCACAUACCAAUAUUUUGGUGCAAAAUAGCUUGCUCAAUCUUGGGGGACUGACAAGCUCAGCUCUUAAUGCUCCUGUAACCUCCGUUUCUUUGGGCCCUUCAGUAUCUGACACUAUCCAGUCCUCCUGCAGCAAAGAACCAGGAAUGGUAGAGUCCAAAAAGACAGAGGUUGGAGAACUUGACAGAUUAGCUGAAAAGGAAGAGCCAGAUGAUGAGGAGGAGGAGGAUGAGGAGAUGGAGGAAGAGAUGGAGGAGGAUGAUGAUGAACACUGCAAAGCACUGUUUCCAAAUGAGCUAGAGAGUCAUUUUGCAGACAGGCCACAUGAGACAGAGGAAUAUGCCGGGAGCAGCAGCAAAAAAGACCUGGCUGUCACAAACCAAAGUAUUUCUAACACUAAUUUAAUGCCUAAUGUGUCCCAGCUUCAGCUGAGGAGUACAACUUCUACUAGUUCUAGUUCUUCUUCCUAUGUUGUCUUUGGUGAAAAGAGAAUUAACAAUUUAAGCUUUAACAGUGAUGGUGUUGGUGCCAGCAUAGCUGAGGGUGGGAGGAAAUUGGACUUUAUUGAUGAAAGUGCCAAUAGGGACAAUCCCGCAGCUCUAGAACCAAAUGAAAGUACAGAGGGUGAGGAUGGAAGCUAUGUCACCCACCACCAGCAUCCUGAAAACCCUUGUGAUCUUGGUGUGGGGGAUUGCCCUUCUGGGAGUGGAGUGGAGUGCCCAAAAUGUGACACUGUAUUGGGUUCAUCGCGCUCACUUGGUGGACACAUGACCAUGAUGCACUCUCGGAACUCUUGUAAGACUCUUAAGUGUCCAAAGUGUAACUGGCAUUACAAAUAUCAGCAGACACUGGAAGCACACAUGAAGGAGAAACAUCCUGAGCCUGGUGGUUCCUGUGGGUACUGCAAAUCUGGACAGCCUCAUCCUCGUCUUGCCCGGGGAGAGAACUACACAUGUGGCUACAAACCUUUUCGUUGUGAGGUCUGUAACUACUCUACCACUACCAAAGGCAACCUCAGUAUUCAUAUGCAGUCUGACAAGCAUUUGAACAACAUGCAGAACCUGCAGAAUGGAGGGAAUGACCAAGUUUUCAGCCACACUGCCGGGGUUGCAGUUGCUGCUGCCAAUGUAGCUGCUGCCUCCAACAUCAGUAACACUUGUGGGGCCCCCUCACCCACCAAACCAAAAACCAAACCUACCUGGCGUUGCGAAGUGUGUGACUAUGAAACCAAUGUUGCUAGGAAUUUGCGCAUCCACAUGACCAGUGAGAAGCACAUGCAUAAUAUGAUGUUGCUUCAACAGAACAUGACACAGAUCCAGCAUAACCGGCACUUAGGCCUAAGUAACCUGCCUUCUCCUGCUGAAGCUGAGCUCUAUCAAUUUUACCUUGCACAGAAUAUGAACCUGAAGAUGGAAAAUGCAGCUGCUGAGUCCCAGUACAUCAUGGGUGGAUUCCAGCUUGAUACGACCAGUCCUAUCACUGGGAUUACUCCUACAUUAGGUGGCGAGAUUCCUUUGGACAUGCGACUGGGGGGUGGUCAGCUGGUGUCAGAGGAGCUCAUGAAUCUGGGAGAGAGUUUUACUCAAACAAAUGACCCUUCACUGAAGCUUUUCCAGUGCGCCGUAUGUAACCGCUUCACUACAGAUAACCUGGACGUUCUGGGCUUACACAUGGGCGUGGAGCGCAGUUUACCAGAAGAGGAAUGGAAGUCUGUGGUCGGAGAUUCAUAUCAAUGUAAUCUCUGCCGGUACAAUACCCAACUAAAGGCCAAUUUCCAGCUGCAUUGUAAAACUGACAAACAUAUACAGAAAUACCAGCUGGUUGCUCAUAUCAAAGAAGGUGGUAAAGCCAAUGAAUGGAGGCUGAAAUGUGUGGCCAUUGGAAACCCUGUGCACUUAAAGUGUAAUGCCUGUGACUACUACACAAACAGCCUGGAAAAGCUGCGUCUGCAUACAGUUAACUCAAGGCACGAGGCCAGCCUGAAGUUGUACAAGCACUUACAGCAACAUGAGAGUGGAGUAGAAGGGGAAUCCUGGUACUACCACUGUGUUCUUUGCUCUUAUUCCACAAAGGCCAAACUGAACUUAAUCCAGCAUGUUCGAUCCAUGAAGCACCAGCGCAGCGAGAGUCUCCGCAAGCUUCAGCGGUUGCAGAAAGGGCUUCCUGAGGAGGAAGAGGAUCUUGGACAGAUAUUCACCAUCAAGACAUCGUUGUCGCCUACAGAGUCUGAUGAUUUGAUAGAAGAUGCCGAGGCUCCUGGUGAUAAUGCCGCUGAACCGGAGGAACUUACUAAAGACCAUGAUUCGGAGGCUGUAAAGGACACAAGCAAGAGCUCAGCACUUUCUAACCCCUCUGAAAGAGACCCUGCAGAUCCGUUACCUUCUAAGAUCAUGCCUUACAACAGCAAUGAGCUGCCCUUGCCCUCAAAACGCUCAAAAUCGACCGAAGAAAAGAAACCCGAGCAGAUGUAUCAGUGUCCAUAUUGCAAGUACAAUAACGCAGAUGUGAACCGUCUCCGUGUUCACGCCAUGACACAACAUUCAGUCCAGCCUCUGCUGCGUUGUCCUCUUUGCCAGGACAUGCUUAACAACAAGAUUCACUUGCAGCUGCACCUCACUCACCUGCACAGCGUUGCACCUGACUGUGUGGAAAAGCUCGUUAUGACGGUAACUGCUCCUGAGAUGCUGAUGCCAAGUAGCAUGUUUCUCCCAGUGAAUUCACCAGAGCGUGAACGACCACCAUCAACCUCCACUGCAGAAAACUCUGAGAAGCUUUUAGAAGCAGCUGAAGAAUUUUCAAAGUCUGCUGCAGUUAACGAGGGAAAUGAGCAGAGCACAGACCAGAACGCUUCAAAUGAUAACUCUACUAGGGAGGAUUCUGGAUUUUUAUGUUGGAAGAAAGGAUGUAACCAGGUCUUCAAAACUUCUGCUGCACUGCAAUCACAUUUCAAUGAGAUCCACAACAAGCGUUCUCAGUUACCUGUCUCAGAUCGUCAUGUUUACAAGUAUCGCUGCAAUCAAUGUAGCUUAGCAUUUAAAACAAUUGAAAAACUUCAUCUGCAUUCACAGUAUCAUGUGAUUCGUGCCGCUACUAUGUGCUGCCUUUGCCAGAGGAGCUUUCGAACAUUCCAAGCUCUGAAGAAGCAUCUAGAGACCAGCCACCUGGAACUUAAUGAGGCAGACAUCCAGCAGCUGUACAGUGGACUUCUUGUAAAUGGAGAAAUAAUGGCCACAGGAGAUGUGACCAUUACAGAAGACCAAAGUAUGCUUGUAGAAGAUGAGAAGGAAGAUGAGAGUGACUUGGAAGAUAAACAGAGUCCAGCUGGAAGUGAUUCUGGAUCUCUUCAAGAAGAUUCUGGCUCUGAGCCCAAGCGAGCUCUUCCUUUUCGCAAGGGGCCAAAUUUUACAAUGGAAAAGUUUCUGGAUCCCUCUCGACCUUAUAAGUGCACUGUAUGUAAGGAGUCUUUCACACAAAAAAACAUUCUGCUAGUGCAUUACAACUCUGUAUCCCAUCUGCACAAACUGAAAAGAGCGCUGCAAGAAUCCACUACUGGUCAGCCUGAGCCCACAAACAGUCCAGAUAACAAACCAUUUAAAUGUAACACAUGCAGUGUUGCCUACAGUCAGAGCUCCACACUAGAGAUCCAUAUGAGAUCUGUGUUACAUCAGACCAAAGCACGUGCAGCAAAACUUGAAGCAGCAAGUGGUAGCAGCAGUGGAUCAAGUUCCAACAGCACCUCUGUACCUGCAACCUCCUCCACACCAAACCCUGAGACCAGUAAUGUUACAGCAACCUCAAGUAGCACAACCUCUGUCACAACUGUAGCAAGCUCAAAUUUCAUGAUACAAACAUCCCUGGAGAACAUGGGUAACACUGGAAUGGGCAGUCUUGUAUCUUCAAGUGUUCCUUGCCAUUCUGAGCAUAAAGAAGUAAAUCGUAAAAAACUUGCAGACAUGAUUGCCACACGACAGCAACAGCAGCAGCAUCAGCAACAACAACAAGCCCAGGCACUUGCCCAAGCACAGGUGCAAGCUCAGUUUCAGCAGGAGCUACAGCAGCAAGCUGCCAUUCUGCAGUCCCAAUUGUUAAAUCCAACUCUUCUUCCCCACUUUCCAAUGACAACAGAAACUUUACUCCAACUUCAGCAACAACAGCAUUUGUUAUUUCCCUUUUACAUUCCUAGUGCAGAGUUUCAGUUCAAUCCAGAGGUCAGUAUGCCUUUGACUAGUGGGACAUUGACCCUAUCUGGGAAUGGUCCCAGUUUACUAGAAGACCUUAAAUCUCCACUACAGAUCCCUCCACAAGCUCAUACCCAUCACCAGCAUGCUUUGCAACAGCAAGGGCAGAUGUGCAUGUCAGAAACACAUGCAGCACUCUUACAACUGCCAGAGCAAAAAGUGAAGCCUGUGAAAGAAAGUUACAAGGAGAUAAAAAAUGAAAGAGAGUUUUCUGAAAGGGGAGAGGAGAUUACUUUCGUCAAUGACUUAGUGUCUGAUCCCUCGAAAAGCAAAGAAAAAAGGGAAUUUGCCACAGUUUCUAGUUCAGACUCUUUCUUGCUUCCUCCUCGCAUUGCAUCAGAUGCUCGAGGCAACGCUACCAAAGCCUUGCUUGAGAAUUUUGGUUUUGAACUUGUAAUUCAAUACAAUGAAAACAAACAGAAAUCCCAAAAAAAGAAUUUAAAAAGUGACCAAGCUGACUGUUUGGAUAAGCUAGAAUGUAGCUCUUGUGGGAAAUAUUUCUCCAAUGUCCUAAUACUCAAGAGUCACCAGGAGCAUGUUCAUCAGAGUUAUCUUCCCUUUAAACAACUUGAGCAGUUUGCCAAACAAUAUAGAGAUCAUUAUGAUAAGCUGUAUCCUUUAAGGCCUCAAACCCCAGAUGCUCCUCCUCCUCCACCACCUCCUCCACCACCUCCACCACCUCCGGCAACUCCACAGCCAGCUCUCACACCCACACUCCCUACUUCUGCUCCAUCAAUAACUCCACCCAGCAUAUCACCAGGCCAACCAUCUGUGCCACUGGCUCAACUUUCAAUGCCAAUGGAACUGCCCAUUUUUUCUCCUCUCAUGAUGCAGACAAUGCCAUUGCAAUCAAUGCCAGCACAGCUCCAAUCUCAGUUAGGAUCUGUGGAUUCCCUUUCUUCAGACUUAGCUCAGUUGUAUCAACAUCAGCUAAAUCCUGCUCUCAUCCAACAACAGAACAAGAGGCCAAGGACCAGGAUUACAGAUGACCAGCUUAGAGUUCUACGCCAGUAUUUUGAUAUAAAUAACUCCCCAAGUGAAGAACAAAUAAAAGAAAUGGCUGAUAAGUCUGGGUUGCCACAGAAAGUAAUAAAGCAUUGGUUUAGAAACACCCUUUUUAAGGAGCGUCAGCGCAACAAAGAUUCACCUUACAAUUUCAACAACCCUCCCAUUACUAGUUUAGAGGAAUUGAAAAUUGACUCUAGGCCUCCCUCUCCAGAGCCCCAAAAGCAUGAGUACUGGGGAAGCAAGAGGUCUUCAAGAACUCGCUUUACUGAUUACCAACUUCGUGUACUUCAAGAUUUCUUUGAUGCCAAUGCAUACCCAAAAGAUGAUGAAUUUGAACAGCUCUCAAACCUCCUUAACCUCCCUACUCGUGUUAUUGUGGUAUGGUUUCAAAAUGCACGCCAGAAAGCUAGGAAAAACUAUGAAAAUCAAGGUGAAGGCAAAGAAGGGGAAAGGCGUGAGUUAAGCAAUGAUAGAUAUAUUCGUACAAGCAAUUUAAAUUAUCAAUGCAAAAAGUGUAAUUUAGUUUUUCAAAGGAUAUUUGACCUUAUUAAGCAUCAGAAAAAGCUUUGUUAUAAAGAUGAAGAUGAAGAUAUGCAGGAUGACAGCCAGAAUGAAGAUUCAAUGGAUGCCACCGAUUUACUGACACCGACCAGUUCUUCCUGCAGUACUCCAAAGCCAUUUCAAUCUUUCAGCACUGUAGCAUCAUCUUCUGGAAAUACAUCUAGCACACCUUUCUUUCAACACAUGGCGGAGGUGGAAGAAUCAAUUGCAUAUAGUUCUAAAUCAGAGGCUGCAUCUGAUGAAAAACCAAAGCAGUUUGACUCUCCAAGAACACAGCAAAACCAAACGCAAGAACAGCCAUUGCAACCAAAGCAAGAAUUACAACAACCUCCGCCAGCACAAUCACAGCCUGUACAACAAGAGCAGUCAGAACAAAAAGUAAAUACAACACAGCAAAAGCUUCCACCUCAUUCUUCUCCUGCAACACAACAAACCCCUCAUUGUUCUAUAGUACAGUCCAGCCCCACUGCCACUCAGCUUUCACACCUGCCAAUGAAACCUCUCCACACAUCAACUCCACAGCAGUUAUCAAACUUGUCACAUCAGCUGAUUCCCUAUCAGUGUGACCAGUGCAAGUUGGCUUUUCCCUCAUUUGAACACUGGCAAGAGCAUCAACAGCUUCAUUUUCUAAGUGCACAAAACCAGUUUAUUCAUCCCCAAUUCUUAGACAGACCAAUGGAUAUGUCUUUCAUGCUUUUUGACCCCAAUAAUCCACUGCUAGCCAGCCAGCUUAUUUCUGGAGGUCUCCCACAAAUUCCCACUGGCUCUGCUACCUCUCCUACUGCACCAUCUUCCACAAUGAACACCUUAAAAAGAAAACUAGAGGAAAAGGCUAAUGCAAGCCCUGGGGAGAAUGAUAGUGGAACAGGGGGAGAAGAGCCACAAAGAGACAAGCGUUUAAGAACAACAAUCACACCAGAGCAGCUGGAAAUUUUGUACCAGAAAUAUCUGCUAGAUUCUAACCCAACACGCAAAAUGUUGGAUCAUAUUGCUCAUGAGGUGGGUUUGAAAAAGCGUGUGGUUCAGGUCUGGUUUCAAAAUACACGAGCACGAGAAAGAAAAGGUCAGUUUAGAGCAGUUGGUCCAGCACAAGCCCACAGACGUUGCCCAUUUUGCAGAGCACUGUUUAAAGCAAAGACUGCAUUGGAAGCUCACAUUCGAUCUCGACAUUGGCAUGAGGCGAAAAGAGCAGGAUACAACAAUAUGAGUUUGUCAGCAAUGCUGGUAGACUGUGAUGGGGUGAUUCCACUCAAAGGAGAUCUGUUUGAUGGUGCUGGCUUUCAGAAUAUUCCACAAAGCAGCAGUGAUGGGCAAGCACUCUCUCCAGUGAGCAAAUCUAUGGAACUCUCUCCACAAACACUGCUCAGUCCAUCAUCAAUUAAAGUAGAGGGAAUGGAAGAUUUUGAAAGCCCCUCUAUAUCAUCAGUCAAUUUAAGUUUUGAUCAGAGUAAGUUAGAUAAUGAUGACUGCUCCUCUGUAAACACUGCUAUUACUGACACAACAACAGGAGAUGAAGGAAAUGCUGAUAAUGACAGCACAACGGGUAUAAUAGCUGAAACCAAAUCUUUGUCCAUAACCAGCGAGGGAUUGCCAAAGUCUACCAUGAUAUCAAUGUCAGAAUAUGAAGACCAAAUGUCCUCUGGUUUGGUUAGCCCAGCCCCAAGCUACUACAGCAAAGAAUAUGAAAAUGAACAUAUUAUUGAUUAUAGUGAAACGUCUAGCCUUGCAGACCCUUGUUCUCCUAGCCCAGGUGCAAGUGGUUCUGCAGGGAGGUCAGGAGAUAGUGGGGACCGUCCUGGUCAGAAACGGUUUCGAACACAAAUGACAAACCUUCAGCUAAAACUUCUAAAAUCAUGCUUUAAUGACUAUAGAACUCCCACCAUGCUGGAGUGUGAAGUAUUGGGCAAUGAUAUCGGACUGCCAAAGAGAGUUGUCCAGGUCUGGUUUCAGAAUGCCCGUGCAAAGGAAAAGAAGGCCAAGUUAAGCAUGGCCAAGCACUUCGGUAUAAACCAAACUAAUUAUGAUGGACCCAAAACAGAGUGCACUUUGUGUGGCGUCAAGUACAGCGCACGACUGUCUGUGCGGGAUCAUAUCUUCUCCCAAAUGCACAUCUCCAAGGUUAAAGAGGCUAUUGGAAGCCAGUUAGACAAGGAGAAAGAGUACUUUGAUCCAGCUACUGUUCGCCAGCUAAUGGCCCAGCAGGAAUUGGACCGCAUUAAAAAGGCCAAUGAAGUUUUGGGCCUAGCAUCACAGCAGCAAGGUGUGUUUGAUAAUGCAUCACUACAAGCACUCAAUCUCCCUACAGGCUAUCCAGCGCUCCAAGGCAUCCCCUCAGCCUUGAUGCCAGGCCUUAGCAGUCCUUCUUUACCAAAUUUCACUCCAGUAAAUACAGCUUUAAGCUCUCCCAAAUCCAAUAUGAUGGGGGUGUCCAGCACAACAAUCCCUUCUCCUGGUCUACCCACUUCUGGACAACCAAAUAAAAAGCCUCCAAAAUCAUUAAGUCCCCCUGUCGCAUCACAGACCCAUUCAUUAACUGUACCCCAGCCAGUAGAAACCGCAAAAGAAAAAGACAGUGAGAAAACUAAAGAAAAGGAAAAAGGGAAAGGUAAAGGGGACCCUUCCCCUGUACCGAAGAAGGAAAAAGGGGACACGCCAGUAUCAACCUCCAGUUUGAUGCCUGGCAUGGAGUAUGUGGUGGAUUCUUCACAGCUCCAAGCUUUACAAGCUGCUCUGACUUCAGAUCCGGCCACCCUGCUUACUAGUCAGUUCCUUCCUUAUUUUGUUCCUGGAUUUUCACCCUACUACAGUGCCCAAAUACCGGGGACUUUGCCAGGAGGCUAUUUGCAGCCAAUGUAUGGCAUGGAGGGCCUUUUUCCAUAUAAUCCUGCACUCUCCCAAGCUUUAAUGGGUCUUUCUCCAAGCUCAUUGCUGCAGCAGUAUCAGCAGUACCAGCAAAAUUUGCAGGAAGCACUACAACAGCAGCAGAGGCAACUUCAGAUCCAGCAGCAGAAACAGCAGCCUCACCAUCAAAGAUUACAGCAACCCAAAGCAAGCCAAGCCCCAGUUUCUCCCUCAGACAGAGACCCUGCCAAAGACCCCCCUAAGCCUAAAGAAAAGAAUCCUGUGUCCCGUGAAGUGUCCAAAAAGCCCCCAGAGCAGCAAGAAGUGGAAAGCCAAGUUGCGGACUGUCUUUUAGACCCACUCCUAGUCCCAAAGGUGCAGUACAAGUUGGUCUGCCGGAAGUGUGAGCUGAGCUUCAGCAGCAAAGAGGCGGCUGUCAGUCAUCUGAAGUCCCUCUGCUUCUUUGGCCAAUCUGUGAUGAACCUGCAAGAGCUGGUGACAUGCGUCCCCACUGGUGACUGCAGCGGCUCCUACCGUUGCUUGGGCUGUGAGGCCACUCUCUGUGGGGGCGAUGCUCUGCGUCAACAUCUGGAUUCGCCCUUGCACAAACACAGAACAAUCAAAAGAACAGCAAGAAACGCCAAAGAGCACCCUAGUUUAUUACCUCACUCUGCCUGCUUCCCCAAUCCUGACACCGCAUCUACCUCUCAAUCUGCUGCUGACUCCAAAGCCAGCCUCUCACCACCCACCCCUUCCUCUUCAUCUUCACCCCACACAUCCACAAAGUCUUGGUCUCACAGUGAUUCCCGGAAACCUCCUUUCCCCACACUCGCCUCAUCUUCAACAGUUACCUCAAGUCUGUGCAGCACCUCAGGGGUUGGGACCUCCUUUCCAACAGACGGCUUCUCUGAGGAAUCUGAUUCAGACCUCAGCCAAAAGUCUGACAGGGCAGGAAGUCCAUUGGGAGCUCCUGAGAACUCAUCCUGUCAUGAUGAUAGCUCUCGAACUGCUGUGGGAGUGGGUUCUUUACGACUGUAGACUUCGGAGAUGAACGAUGAAAAAUAAUUAUAAAGAUGAAUUUAAAUAAUAAAAGAGAAAUAGCAAACCAAUUACACAAACAAAUUCUGCAAAUUCCAAAGCUUCUAACCAAAAAAAGAGGACCCUCCCCAGUAUGAAUUUCUUCAUUCCUGCACCUGCCCCCUACUGACAUGUCCUCACCCCUAUCUUGUGUCACAUUGGGCCCCUCACAUGGGGAUUUGGGUUUGAAUUCUUCUCCCUUUGUUUGGAUCUUUUGUCUCCAUGUAGUGACAGCCCCUCGCGGCUCGUAUAGCAACAGCUUUGCUAAGAAGAAACCAAUGGAAAUAUUGUGUUACUCUCAGGUCAAAUGCUCACACCGUGUUCUGGCUCUGGUCUUGGAGUUUUAUAUAUACAUAUAUAUAGAUAGGAAUAUAUGUGUGUGUAUAUAUGUAUUUAUUAUUUUUUGUUCAGUAACUGAUUUUUUUUUUUAAGUCAUUGCUAAUUUAACCGGGCAAAUAUUCAGGACUGGGAUGAAAGGAAAAAUAAAAAGCCUCCCAUGGACAGAAAGUUGGGCGGCUUCCAUACUUUAUAAUUUCAUAUCCAGGAACCACAGUUCAAAAUAUAUACUUUAAAGAAUAAUGAACAGACUUUCUGUAUUUCUUGUAGAUGAGGCUAUUGAUUCAGGACAGUUUGCGGAAGUGGAGUAGUUUUUUGUGUACUUUGUUUUGUCUCCAGAUGAUGUUUUCAUUUGACAUUUGUUCUUGAUUCUCAUGUCAAAGAACACCCAAUAACCCACCUUAAAGCACCAAACCUUCAGCUCCUUAACCAAAAGACACCCUCUCUUUCAGUGCUUUAAAUUUAUUUUAUAUUUUUAAAGGCCACUUCAUCUCUUACCUGUGGGAGAUCGUCACUGCUUAAUAAAUUAAUAAUUUUAUUUCUUAUAGCAAUUUUCUCCCAUUAGAUUUUAAUGUGUUCACACAAUAUAGCGUGCAGUAUGCGGCGCUGUACAUAGUUUUCAACAGACAGAGCCCCUGCCCUGAUGAGCUUAUAAUCAGGAGUACCUGAUGUUGAGAUUUGGGGACGAGGGUUUGCUGGUAAAAGAUGUAAAUUUCCCUGUUAUUUGGUGUUUGUAUUUUUCACACUUUUCCCACCUUCAGUGUUACAUGUUGCUCUGUUUCAUGUCACUAAACCAAGGUCUGUUCUGUUUAUUUUUUUUGUUUUUUUAAAAAAAAGAAAAAAGAAAAAAAAUUGUGCGUGUGUAUAUGCAGGUGUGUGUAUGUAUAUUUACAUAAACACACACAAGUGCAUGCACAGCCACAGUUUCUUUUUGAAUGAAAAUCUGAUGCUUUAAAUAAAAUCCAAAGAGUAGCCUCCCUUGUGUGUGCGGCUCGGAAGGCUUUGUUUUACUUGAAAAA